AUGCCUGAACCCCGCCCCGUCAAGCCGUUUGGCUUGACGCAGGUAUAUCUUCCCCGUGGUGACCCCACGGUGGAUAUUGUACUUGUUCAUGGCCUUAACGGCCAUCCUCAUGACUCAUGGACCAGUAAAACGACCAACUGCUUCUGGCCAGUCGAUCUCCUGCCCGAAGUCCUUGCCUCUCAACGCCCUCGUAUCCUAACCUAUGGAUAUAAUUCGCAUGUCACCGCAUUCACCGAUGGUGCUUCUCGUGAUUCGAUCGUUAGUCAUGCGGAGACCUUAGCUUCUAACCUAGCGGCUAAUCGAAGCCUCCGCGAUUGCUCCGACCGACCGAUUAUCUUUAUCUGUCACUCACUAGGCGGCCUCGUGGUCAAGCGUGCGCUGAUCUAUUGCCGCAGCCUGUCAAACGAGCGUACCGAGCACCUACGCUCAAUUUAUGUGUCGACUUUUGGCAUCCUCUUCCUCGGUACACCGCAUAACGGAUCUGAUAUCGCGAAAUGGGGUCUAUUGUUGCACAACAUCUGCAACGCUGUGCUCCCUAAGAAAUUCAUGGAGUCUUCUCCACAGCUGAUCCAAGCACUGCGUACCAACAAUGAGACGCUGCAGAAUAUCAAUAGUCUCUUUGCUGAUAUAAUGAGUCGUUUUCAUAUUUACUUCUUCCACGAAACUCGCUCAACAGACCUUCGAGGAACAAGGGAGAUCAUCGUGGAUGAGGCUUCUGCAGCACCCUAUAUAGAGGGUGUCGAGCGUAUGGGUAUAGAGGCAGAUCACAGUCACAUGUGCAAGUUCGACGACGAGAAUGCUGCAGGCUACGAAGUCGUUGCUGAAGCUCUUCUGCGAUAUUCUCGACAGGCUCCCGCUUUGAUUGGAGACCGCUGGAUAGCAGAGAGAACUACCCGCACCAUGGAAAUGAAAGCGAAGGCCCGUGAAAUAUAUGACGACGGAGACCCUCUCACCCAGAGCACACCGAAUUUGGAUACUGGUAAGACACACCUUCUUCCUUCACCCAGUGAAUCAGUCACGUUGAGGGAUUAUGAGUUGGCUGACUGUCUACUCCUAGGUGACUCUGUACCAGCCCUUCCCCGCGCCUCGGCCACCGAAGGGCGCAAUUCACCCGUAUCAGAUAUGAGCAAUAGUGGCGUGCUUUCAUUCUCGCACUAUUCUCAUCGAGAUCCACAGAUGUUUGUAGCACCACCGGGCUUUCAUCCCAAUUCCACUUUCUUUGGCAUGCAAAAAGAGCUAGAGGUAUUGCAUAACCGCUUGUUCAAGGCCAAGGCGCGUGCAGAUCGAACGAUGGCUGUUCUCAUUUCUGGAGUGCCAGGAUCUGGCAAGACUCAUCUAGCGCGGCAUUACGUCUUUAUGCAGCGGGAGUGCUACCCAGGAGGCCUAUUCUGGAUUGAUGCCAAAUCUCGCGAGUCAUCAUACAAAUGUUUCUGGGAGAUUGCUCAAGCCGCCAGGUUGGUGGAACGCCAAGAUGCCGAAGACCCAGGAUAUUUAGAGUACCGGACAUACGUGAACACCGUUCGAAACUGGCUUCAGACACGCCACGAGUGGCUUUUGAUUUUUGAUGGUAUCACAUUUGAUCAUGAUGAUGACAUUAAUGAGUUCCGAUCUUUUCUCCCCUGGCAAAAGAGGUGCAGUAUCAUUUAUACCUCCAUUGACACUACACUUCGAAAAAAGCAACGACUGUAUGAGCCAUAUUGCCUCUCGAUUCGCCCGCUGCUGAUUGAGGAUGCUUGUAAACUCCUUUACAAAGAUCUUGGAAUCAAAAAGCCCACACAUGAGCAGUCUGUCCGGGCUGUAGAAAUUGUCGAGCACUACGACUGCUUACCUUUGGCAAUUCAUGCUAUCGGUCACCGUCUCAAUGCAACAGGAAAGCCAAUCGAAAGAUAUCGUGUCAAGCACCAGGUGACGGAUAAAAAGCUGGCCGAGCCAUUUCUCAGCAUCAUGAAUGAUCUUUAUCGGCUGCAGCACCACCAAGCUUUGAACCUCAUCAAUCUACUCUCUUUCCUAGGCCAUCAAGUCCCUGUCGGUCUCCUCAAUUUUGGAAAACAUGCCAUGUCCGCUGAAAAUGCCGAGAUAUUGAGCAGUGCACAGACCGGAGAAGAUCCUGAUCUUGAUACCACGCUGGGAACUUUGAUUCACUACGGCCUGAUUGAGCGAAUCUCGGAUCCACAUCCAUUCUUCGUGCAAAAUAGCUUCGCACAAAAGUCUGCCGAGGAGGCGCAGAAGCCUGUUCCCGAAUUGUCUGAGUCUCUGACGGAAAGCAGCCAGGAGGGCCCUUUCCCUCUCUAUCCUGGCGGUGAUGCCAUUGAUGUUGUCAAGAUCCACAGUGUGGUACAGGGGUUUUGUCGAGAUGAGCUUCGAAUCAAGGAUGAAGAGUUCAGGGAAUCUCUAAGUAUAGAUGAGCCUGGCUUCUAUGAUUCGUGGCUAAUCGUCGCCACUCGUUUCUUGUGCAAAUCUUGGGAGGCCGCCAAGGAGAGAAUGACUCACUAUGAAGGCUGCGGACUGGUCCGUGAUUACCGGGAGUAUGAAACCCAUGCAUCUCGACUGGUUGAGCUAUUUCCCAAAAGACAGGGAUUUAGUGCACACUCGCCAGUUCUUCGCGAGGCACGAGAGAGUCUGCGGCGGUUAAGGAGGAGUCUCAGCAACGUAAUCGAUGGCAAGUCGCCCAACUCUUCCCAAGAAUGCGGAGGUAAUCAGCGGUCGGUCUUUGAUCGUUCAAGCAGUUCAUCGUCAUCAUUCCCUGGGUCUUCCACGGACGAGGGUCUUUCACGGGAGUCCACCUGGGCUUUCACCGAUUCUGGGUCUCCUCGCGAUACUCGCACCGAGUCUCCGGAAGCGGUAGAGCGUCUUCCAAGAUUUAAACUGGAAUUGUUUCCUCCACAUAUAUUUCGACAAGCAGGCUAUGAGUCAGAAGAAGGGUAUGAAACGGAUGGAGAAGCGAAGGAGGCGCCUCGUAUUUCUCCUGCUCUGUCACAAAUGAGUCAGGUUACAGAAAAGCCAAAGCUGUCGCCUCUAUCAUCCAGUCCUCCUAUACAAUCUGAAGAGGGCAAGAAUUGGCAGUUAAUUGACCGACAGCCAAAGCCACACUCAACGAAGGCGAGGCAACCAAAACGACGCCCUCGAAGCCCUCUUCGACUUCGUGGUGAUAAAUCAGCUACCCCGUUGGUGAAAAUAUCACCUAUCCAGGGACGAGGGUCAUCAAGCCGCAGGUCUGCAGAUGAAGGUGAAAGCUCUACAAUAUUGGCAUCGGCCGCCGAGCGAGCACUUGCUGCGGUCCGUCGGUCGAGCAAUGCCCAGGUAUUGAGCGAAAAUAUAAGGCCCACACAGAAUCCUUCAACAAAAAAUGGAAACAGUGAACCAACUUACGCAAGUGUUGUCACUCGCCGUAUGCUCGAGGCCGAGCCAAAGCGCCCAGCAUCCAUGCCUUCUCGACGAGGAGCAGAACCCCUUGAACUGCAAAUGAAACCAUCUGCGGAAUCUUUGGAUAGUCAAGGAAGUUAUAUGUUCGCCUCCCCACUAUCACAUGAGCUGGCGCCCCACGAGCUUCUUGCAGAGCCUUUAAAUCGAUCAACAUACAGUGAUCCCGGCCGGGACUACCUCGGCCAGCCACUGCGAGAGCUAGACUUGCACACCGCACCCAACUCCCAAUUCAACUCUCGACGCGCAUCACUUGCAGCAUUCGAGCCUAUACGAGAUCUAUCGGCCAGUUCUCCCUCACUCAUUCUAUAUGGCCCACUUCUGCCGUACGAGAACGACAUUACUAUCACGAGAUCAAGCCACUCAAUGCAGCAGGAAAAAGCCUCUGGCCCAAUCUAUAUCCCACAAGCUCAGCCUGCAUUCAUGGCCCACCCAUCUGCAAUAAUGCCCGGCGUAUUACCUCUCUCCUUACCUUCCGAUGCCCCAGUAUCACAGUUCAACGAACGGCCUGGGUCUGAAGCCCUCUCGCGUGCAUCAUCUGGAUUCUCAACUCAAUCCUGGGCCACAGAACCUGUCCGCUAUCCACCACGCUUCUCUCCCAUCCCGAGUUUCCAGGGAGCAAUUGAGAUCUCACGGAGUGCUACGCCAAUUAUUAAACCCCAGCAACAGACACUUCAAGGACGAUCCAGCUGGACUGGCGAAAUUCCCGUCAUGAACAGUGCCCUUCAAUCUGAUCUGCUGUACCCUGUUCCACAGGUAUCCAACCACCGCCGAGUGGGCUCAGUGAAUGAGCGACUGCAGACGAUGAAGCCAGAAUGGGAUUCAGAGAUGGAGCCCGCACAGAUGCUCAAUUUUGGAGGAUACCGUGUUGACGUGAGAGAUCCUCGUCAACGGCUAUCGGAGUCGGGCCGACUGCAGGCACCACGCCAUGUACCGACAUACCAGCUCUAUCAUCCUAAUAUAUCCGGUCCCUUAGUUCAAGACGGAGGGCAUGUCUUUGCAUCUGCUCCGCAAGAGGCAUAUGGGAGACGCGCGCGAAGUGGAAGCACACCUGCUAAUCCUGAUUAUGCUGGUUUAGGUGUACGGUUUGCAUGA